AUGCCAGAGACAUUGCUCAAACCGCGAGCAUGGCAGCCCUCAAGCAUUUCUGACGCUACUAGGCCAGAAGGACGCCGACACUUGAACGAAGACUCACAUGUAGCUACAUCUGCAUUUCCGCAGAAGCAAGAGCGGCGUCAAGGGCGAUGGGGCAAGGCCCUCAACCUGGCCGCAUGGGUGCCUGUUGCGGCGUUUGUCGUCUCCCAUAUCGUUAGCAUAGGCCAAGUCAAAGGUGGCAGCAUGAUUCCGACCUUCAACCCCGAAGCAGCAAAGCCUGGCACUAAGCACGGGCCUGAUAUCGUACUGCUGAAUCGCUGGGUUAUCGGAAAGCAUCACUACCGUGUUGGAGAUGUGGUGCAUCUCACAUCACCAACUGACCCCAGCUUGCUGCUCACCAAGAGGAUCCUGGCGUUGGAAGGGGAUGUUGUGAUUUUGCACUCUCCUCAAUAUUCGCUUGCACCGGCACUGCUUCCCAGCAAUGUUGAUAUUAGAACAAGAAUCCGAGUGCCUCCUGGACAUGCAUGGGUUGAAGGCGAUGCAAGCGCAGAAGAGGGUGCCCAUCUUGGUGAGGGUAAAGGGAAAGGCCGAAGCAUCGGCCACAGCGAUGACAGUCGCGAGUUUGGGCUGGUGCCGCUUGGUCUAGUGAAAUCGCGUGUCGAGCUCAUCCUCUGGCCACCAUCGCGUUUCGGCAGGCCGGCUCCUCGCCCCGGCUUCCAUGCCUCGCAUGGUGAAUUUGUCAGCUUUGACGCAUCAGCUCGUGAAUCGACAUCACGACCAUUACACAUCGACCGCAACGCACCAUGCACAGCCCGAUCACUCGCGUCUAACACCUCACAUUGA